CUGAAGCAGGUGACGCUUAGGAUCCUCUCCCCUCCCCGGCAUAGCUCGGGGGCAAAGACUGGUCGGGGAGAACUGCCGGCCCUUUUCCUAGCAGCAGCCGGCCACCCUGCGCGCACGGCUGGGAUCCAGAAUGGAGAGGCUGGUAUUCAGGAAGCCCUUCUGUCAUCUGUCCACCUACAGCCUGAUUUGGGGCAUGGCAGCAGUGGUGCUGUGUACAGCACAAGAGGAAGUGGUGACCCAGGAUGAAAAGUUGCUGCUGAACACACCUGCAUCCUUAAGAUGUUCUCUGCAAUCUGCCCACGAAGCCUUGAUUGUGACAUGGCAGAAAAAAAAGGCUGUAAGCCCAGAAAACAUGAUUACCUACAGCAGGAACCAUGGGGUUGUGGUCCAGCCUGCCUACCAGGGCAGAGUGAACAUCACCGAGCUGGGACUCCAGAACUCAACCAUCACCUUCUGGAACACAACGCUGGAGGACGAGGGGUGCUACAUGUGUCUCUUCAACACCUUUAGUUCUGGGAAGAUCUCGGGAACAGCCUGCCUCACCCUCUAUGUACAGCCCACAGUAUUCCUUCACUACAAUUUCUUUGAAGACCACCUAAAUAUCACUUGCUCUGCCACUGCCCGCCCAGCACCCAUGAUCUCCUGGAAGGUUGCUGGGUCAGGGAUUGAGAACAGUACCGAGAGUCUAUUACACCCUAACGGGACCACAUCUGUCACCAGCAUACUCCGUGUCAAAGACCCCAAAAGUCAAGUGGGGAAGGAGGUAAUCUGCCAAGUGCUGUACCAGGGGACUGUGACUGAGUACAAGCAAACUGUGAACAAAGGCUUUUGGUUUUCAAUUCCACUCUUGUUAAGCAUUGUUUCCCUGGUAAUUCUUCUGGUUUUAAUCUCAAUCUUAUUAUACUGGAAACGUCACCGGAAUCAGGACCGAGCAUUCCACAAGCCAGCUGCCCAUUUAAGAGACUGUGAAAUUGUCCAAUAUGAUCACUCAUUAAAUAGCACUUCCUAUGUUAUACUCCCAUGAUGUCUCAAACACUAUCGGCAACAUACAGAGCCCUAGAGGAGCCACACGGAACCCUGAAAGAUUUUCCCUGAUCUACUUGAAUCUGAUGUAAGAGGAAAGAAGGAGGAAAAUAGGUCAUUCUCCAAGGCACUUAUAUGAGCAAAAGAGGCGGGAACGAAUGUUUUAAGAAUUCCAUGACUUUUCACUGCCAUCUAAGCUACUCAGUGUUUGAAGUCCAAGAGAAAGUCAUUUUACCUCUCAGGUCUGUUGUAGGACUUGAUUUUGUAAAGCAAUGCAGUGUUGUGCUGUUGGAAGGCACUGGACUUAGAAUCAGGACGUUGAGCUCACAGGCUGACGUGGGCUCCCACCGGUGGGAACCCUGUGUUGGUCACUUUACCUCAAUGAGCGUCUGUGUCCUCAUCCAAAAUGGUAACAGUCUUGGACCUGAUAAUUUACCAUGCAGUUGUAAAAAUUGAUGAAAUUCCA